UCUUGUUGUUCACCAUUUCAAUGACUUUGCCGUCUAAAAUCUAAAUAGAUUGCUUUUUUUGUGGGCCGUCUGUUCAAAACCUUCCCCCUUUUAUGCUCCGAGAUAGAAGAGAGUGUUUGACCCAAAAACACAGAAACAAAUUUGACCCAAAAAAAAAUGUAAUUCAUCUUCUCCGAAUCCAAGUGUAGAUCCUGUCAUACAUGGAAAAGGUUCAAGCUUGAAAACUUGUUCUUUUGAGCAAUGAUUCACUUUGUUCUUCUUGUUAGCCGCCAAGGAAAGGUCAGGUUGACGAAAUGGUAUUCACCUUAUUCCCAGAAGGAGAGAAGUAAGGUGAUCCGGGAGCUUAGUGGGAUAAUACUCAGUCGAGGCCCCAAGCUGUGCAACUUUGUUGAGUGGAGGGGCUUCAAAAUUGUCUAUAAAAGAUAUGCAGGUCUCUACUUUUGCAUGUGCAUUAACCAAGAUGACAAUGAACUAGAGAUUCUUGAUAUAAUUCACCAUUAUGUUGAGAUACUGGACCGCUAUUUUGGCAGUGUAUGUGAGCUGGACUUGAUCUUUAAUUUCCAUAAGGCUUACUACAUAUUGGAUGAACUUUUGAUUGCGGGUGAACUUCAAGAAUCAAGCAAGAGAACAGUCUUACGUUUGGUAGAUGCGCAGGAUUGCAUAGUGGAGAUUGCACAACAGCAGGCCAGCUCAGUGGGCAAUCUAAUUGCACAGGCCACCAAAUAGUAUACAUACAAGCAAGUCCAACCAUCAAUUCUUUUUUUUUUUUUUCUCGUGUUGCAUUUGAUCAAUUAUUUGUGUAUCUUUCAUGAUCCGUACGUUGAAACCUCUUUUCUUCAUAAGUGAAUAUCAUUUAUCAUAUAAAUAAAUGUCAAUAUGUAAUUGAU